AUGUCGACGAGCAGAUGGAAAAAGUUUGAUACAGAGCUCAUUCGCUUUGACAAGCAUGACGUCUUUGAAAAAGAGAAAGAAAAAUUGGAUUCACCAGCAGGAUAUAUCGGCAGAUUAAACAAACGCGAGAACGAUGAUGAAAAAAGAGCAAGGAACGAGGAAUUCAGCCGUGAGACAGACAGCAAAUAUGGAAGUCGGUGGGGCCAGGUGGAUCUGUGGACUCAAAGCUUGACCGGCUGUCCGUGUAGCUUCAACUCGUCCAAGACAGCGUGCGCUUGUUGCGUACCAUCCGGUGGCUGCAGCUGCGGUGCUCAGGUACCCAACAGGUGUACCCAAUGCGGACUCGAGGAUUACUGCUCUAACAUGUGCAACGUAACGCUCAACAGCCAGCUACUGUUCAGCAAAUCGGAUCGCGGUUUCGGCCAAAUCAAGUCGCCGCAACUGGAAGGCCCUUCGCUGUGUACUUACCGAUUUGUACCGGACACGGGGCAAAGGGUCGAGCUCCAAGUCUGGCGUAUGAUAUCCAUCGGACGACACAACGGCACCGCGUGCGAAGGCGGUUGGAUACAAUUCGACGGCGGCGCUCGAAUCUGCGGCGCUGACAAACGACUGCACCAGCCUAUCGUCAUGUUUUCCGACAAACCUCAACCAGUUUUGCACUUUCAGAUCAACGAGAAUACCAAGAGAUCGCAAGUCUACGCGUUCUACAGCUUUGCCUCGACCGCCAGCACCUCCGUCGGUUGGCCUGCCAAAGGUGGUCAACGUGUCAACAAUACUGAGUGUGACUGGGUGUACGAGGAGAGCCAGUGUCGGAAGGGCUGCAUUUUAGCAAGUCCUGGAUACCCAGGACUCUAUCCUCCUUAUUCCAAAUGUCGAUAUCUCAUCACCUCAAAUACCACGGUCACCAUCAACAUCUCGUUCACCACGGUGUUGAUGCCGCCAAAGCAUUGUACAAGUGAUUACGUGGCGGUCUACGCUGGCCCGACGACGACCAGUGCCCUGAUAAAAACCCUUUGCGGAAGGCAGAGAGACAACGUCGUGCACGUCGGAAAGGAUCUGCUCGUCGAAUUUCGAUCUGGCCCGGAGGUCGAUCCAUUUGACUACAAUGGUUUUGUCGCGGCACUCAAUUUCAUUGAAAUGACCACCGAGACACCCACUACACCUAGUACUACCACUACUGCACAUACCGAGGCUAGUAGUCGAGAGCCCGAAGUUAUUCAUAUGCCGAACGCGAUAGUGUCUAAUGGCGUAAACUCCGGCAAUGGUUACCAUCAGAACAACGGACAUCACCGGCCAAAUUGCGACCUCGAGGUCAGCGGUGAGAAACUACGCAUGGGUUCUUACAGCACUCGUGGACGCGCUUCGGGAGCACAUUCCAAUCCUACUUGUAGGCUUGUACUUCAAGGUCGAGAAUAUGACACCGUGCAUGUCAAUGUGCCUAAUUAUAACGUCAGCGUUGCGUCUUGCAAGUCCCACAUCGAGGUAUUCGACGGACUGCUGGACGAUGUGACGGACGUCAAAUCCAUCGGCAAACUUUGCGGACCAGCAUCCGAGUCGCAGCUCAGAAAGGAGCAUUUGCCCACGGAGCACACCGAACGCAAGAGAUACUCCUCCAGCAGCCCGAACAUGACGAUCUUGAUAACGCGAGCGAGCGACGAGGACUACAUGGACGUGUCGUACUACUUUCACAACGAGAGGGAGUCGGGCACGCAGCAGCCAAAGACAUUCUGCGACGUGGAGUAUUACGGCCUAAGCUCGCCCAAAGCCGGUAUGGUAAUUCAGCCGAAAGUCAAUCGAUUCAACGCCGUUUCCAGCAACGUCAAGUGCAAGCAACAUUUCAUACCGGCCGCCAAUCAAGCCGUCGUCAUCACUCUCAACAGCACGAUGAAUCGAACACUCGAUACCCAAUGCACGACGCAAUGCGGCGAUCAGGGCUGCCGAUGCGCGAGCAACGAGCUCCUCGACGACAUCGACCACCUGCUUCUCGUGGCCCAGCCGCACGGCAAUGUGCUUGCCUGUCUGUGUGGCAGCAAUCGAGACUGGUUGCCAGUCGAGUUUUGGAGUACAACGCCGGUGUACGUCGAGUGGUCGCGUUCACGACAACCAGAUUUGAAUCUCACAGCCGAGUAUAAAUUCGUAGACGACAGCUUUUGCGGUGGUCAGUCUCAGCUUGCCACGGCAAUCGGUGAAAUACAAGCCGGAUAUUCGGCUAAUUUUAGCUUCGCUCUCAAUCACUACUAUCAGCAAAAGUGCACUUACGUACUCGACUCGCCACCUGGCCACGAGCUCUUCAUACAAAUCGAGUCAACGCAGACCAGACCAUGCACUGCUUGGAAUUUGACGGUGCACGAGUACAACAAGACUAUUUCUGAGUCUGAAGGCCCAAGGCUUUUCACUUUUUGCGCCAGGGAUAUCGCUAGGAAUUUCACUAUCUCCACCAAGCACCGCUCGGUUAUUGUCAAGCUGCAAGCGUUAGGUCGAACGGCGCCGCAAUACGUAUUGAGGUGGCGAAGUUCACGGGCUAUGAAGCCACGAGACAAUAAUCUACAAAUGACACACGGUAACAUCGUCAUGGCAAGUGCCUCGGCGCUCAAGCGUACCGUCAGCUCGCUGCUACUGCUCGUCGUUCUCCUUGCUCUGGUCACUUGAUGAAAUAAUGACGAACUUUAGCGUUGGUAAUCAAUUCCCGUGUGUGCGUGCGUGCGUAGUUUUUUCUUAUUACUUUUUCAAUUAGAAUACGACUACGCAUGAUUUUAUAAAAUCAACGCGAUUUUUACUUCUAGGCGAUGUUCUGGAAUUGACAGAAUACCAAGUUUUAUACAAGAAAUAAAUAGAUAAAUCCGAUAGUUUCCGUUAUCAGCGAAAGCACAAUUUUUGAAUGUGGGAUUUGUAUAAACGUCACACACAAUGAACUAUAAACGUUGAUCGAACGAAAAUCCUUAUGUAAAUACCAAAUAUUACGAGUGAUAAUAAUAAGAAUAACAAAAAUACGCAUUCGAUUUAAUACUAAUGGAUACAACAGGUUGCACUUAUUAAUAUCAACGAAACAUGUUAUUUAGUUUUUCUUAACGCAUUAUUAUUAUUAUUUUCCUUCCGACAUACUCAUUUUUUAACGUAUAUCGAAUGCGUAAUGAAUUCUUGCAACAAUUGAUUCAGCACUUUUAGAAUGAAAUGCAAAAUACAGCUGUAAUGACGUAAACAUACUUGAAAAAAGGUUUUACAAACAAAAGAUUCAUGGUCCUUUUAUACGAAAAAAUAACGUGUUUCGCACACCCACGACACAUUGCAGGUAAAAUAACAAAUUUAUAUAGAAAACAUGUACAAAAAUAAACAUAGGUUAAUAGUGUUGUACAGAAUACAAUGGCAUGGAUAUUGAAGCAGCACGGGAUUACCGUUGUAAAGUUACGAGAAUAACAAAGCAAAUAUUGAUAGAUAACUUAUGUAAUAAUUAGGAUUUAUACGAAAAGAAACAAACAAACAAACAAAGAAUGUAUUUUAAUGAAUGAGCUUUGCCUGUUUAGGCAGCCCUCGAUUACGUUGUUAAUACAUCCGAUUGUUGUCCAGAAUUGCUAAGAUUUCAUUAACAUUUUAUUUUUAAUUCUUCAAAUAUCACUUGUUAAUUUUUCAUUAGUCUUUAAUGAUUCGAAUUGAUGUAAGUCUUUUUAUAACGUUAGGAUUUUAACAUAUUGUACAAGUUAAUAUUGCAUAUUUUUCUCAAUGUUGACAAUCGAAAGUGAAUUUUGAUUGUAAAAUAUUCCAAUGUCGAAAUGAAUGGUACUAAUGAUAAUUUUUUAUCGAUAAAACUUGGAAUAAAAAGACAACACACAAUUUUUAUGUAUAACAAGUAUAUAAAUAUUUUAAUCGAUGCGAGUAAGGGCUAUUCUGGAUAAUCAGUCGUCAAUAUAACUUAUUGAUUACUAUUAAGGCACUAGGUACUAAAGAAACCUCCAAGUAUAUGUAACUAUUAAGGGUUUAUAAAAAGAAAAAAUAAUUAAAUGACAAAAAAAAAUAAAUAAACGAAUCUAAAACGAUUAUUGAUAAAGUAUUACGAAUAUACGAACAGCUUAAGCAAAGAAAGUCCUCGUAUUUUUAAUUUUGUCCUCUACCGAUAGCGUCUAAAAAAUACAAAUAUAAAAAAUCUAAAAAAUACGUAUGCUGUAUUAAGUUAAGCUAAUUUUUUCAUUUCCUUAGCAUGAAACAAGCUUAGAACAAAUAUACGAAACUUCUGUGCUUAAGCUGCGUGGUAGGGACGAUACACAGAUCCUUUUGCAAUGUUUUUAAGGAAGAAUAUUUCAUAUACAGAGAAAAAGUCGUAAACCGCGUAGACGCGGUGAUUUUGCACUGUCAUGCGAUAAAACGAGUGUAAGGGCGUCAUAAUGAUUAUAUGGUUUUAUGAAAAGUGAAAAUCAUGUAAAUACUUUAUUUAUCAGUUACUACUAGUUUAUCUUGAAUUCGGCUAAAUCUAUAUGAAAUGUAAAUACGAAAGUGGUUAUAAAAAGUAAAACAAACUUAUCGUAAAUGUAUAGCGAGGAAGAGGAUGUAUCCUAUGUACAAAUUAGACGUUAUUUCAAAUCGAAUAAAAAAGAAAAGAAAAUCUUUUUGGUUAGCGAUACGUUUGUUUAACAAACAUUCUUUCACUUUUCAUAAGACACGAGUUCGCUAAUUUACCUCAAAUUCUAUCACAAAUACGUCCAAAAAGUCACUCCGCCAGUGAAGUGCGUGCUUUAGGAUGAAUAUAAUUCUUAUGAAUUCUCAUACGUCAGAAAAGAUCGCAUCAAAGUAGGCCUAAACUUCGUCCAAAUCCGCGCAACUAAACUCUCUUGUUCACGGAAACGUCGACAAGUCAGGUAAUACAUCAAUUCAUGGCGAUGACAUAUCAAUUGGCAUAUAUCCACUGCAUGUUCCUUGUGUGUGUAUGUACGUAUGUGUGCAUGAAUGUCAUCGUAUGUCGAUAAUUUAUGCGCGAUUCGGACGAAGUUUUCAAGACUGAUUAUCGUAGAUGCUAUUCCGUUUAGAGUGUUCACGAUGUUAAUGGGUUCGGCCGAUGUAUAAUUGGAUUUAUCUCUUCGUCCUUCCUCUUAGUUGUUUUAUAUAUCAUUUACGCAAGCUUAAACUCGUCGACCUCGUCGAAACAAUGAUGAAAGUGUUCAGAUUAUUGAAGUAUUUACGAAUCUUCGCACGUGUAGUAUCGGUAAAAAACAAUUCUCCUUGUUUUUCACAGUAGAUAGAGUUCAAAUGCAAUAGUUUUACUGCCAAAAGUUAUAUAUGUAUCGUUACGAUAGAUAUCAUCGACUUUUCUCAUAUCGCGAUCUUUCUUCAAUAACUAUUUUCAUCUUCAAUGUGAGUUGACAUUAUAAAAUUGUUUAUUGUUAAUGGAUCCGCGUGAACGCGAAAAGAAACUAUUUUUUCACUGUUAUUUUUGUAUAUCAAAAUACGAUGGUUUAGGUGUAAUUUUAGUAAUUUUCAUUAUGAACUUUCUGAUUUUUUUUUACAUUUUUUCUUCACUUUUGCAGCUAAAAUGAUUGUAACAAAUAAGCAUUUUUCAAACUUUCACCAAGACUCGGUCUAAUCCUCUGAAAGCAACUAUAUGUUAUAUGUACGUAAUAGACGUGUAUAUCUAAGUCACAAUAAAUAGUCAAUUGUUUCAUAUAAUGAGAUGAAUAAAUGAGAUG